AGUCUAGUUUUAACCCUUCCUCUAAUCUAAUCCUAGCUUGUCAUCAUUAUGUCCUCAUCAAACUUCCACAAGCAGGAUGCUCCUAGAACCCCCGAGCCUUGGAAAUCUGGCCUCCUUGACUGCUUCUCCGAUCCCAAAAGCUGUUGCUUAACAUAUUGGUGUCCAUGCAUCACUUUUGGCCGGAUUGCUGAGAUUGUGGAUAAAGGCUCUCCAUCUUGUGCUGCAAGUGGAGCAAUGUAUACGUUCAUAGCUAUCGUGAUUGGUAUUCCUUGCUGGUAUUCAUGCUCCUACCGCAUGAAGAUGAGGGAGCAGUACGCUUUGGACGGGAACCGUUGUAGUGAUUUUUUGAUUCACUGCUUCUGUGAGAACUGCGCCUUGUGCCAGGAGUAUCGUGAGCUCCAAAGUCGCGGUUUUAACAUGGCCAUCGGAUGGGAUGGAAAUAUGGAUGCAAGGAACCGCGAAGUGGCAAUGGCCCCAGUGCCUCCGAUGGUGGAGGAAGGCAUGAAACGAUAAAUGAAUAUAUCAAGAAUUUAUUCAAAAGUUGUAUUGUCUACUAUUUUUAAAAUAAAGGGUUGGUAUGGCUGCCCUCAAGUCUUGAUUAAUGAAAUUGUCGAAUAUAAGGAGGGGGGACAUUGUGCCUGAACCCAUGAUUACAAUAAGCAUCUAGAGAACGUCUCAAAAUAAUAGCAGGAGUCUCUAUAAAAUAUAUGUAUUAUAGCAUGCACCAACUAACAAAGUUGUAUUGUCUGCUAUUAUGUAAAAAAAGAAGAUUUAUGUUAUGAA